AAGUGCUCAUUGCUAAAAGUCCUCCGAAAAUGUGAACCAGAAACCAGUGGAGUUUAGCUAGAUACCUUUCUUUUUGUGCUGCUGUAAGUGGAGCUUAUUUAAACACAUUCUUCUAGAAUGAAAAGAGAAAAUGGACAUGCACACACGCCCAACGCUAUUUAGUGAAAUCGCACAUGGCCUGGGCUUCUGGACGGACCGAUCAGAAGUGCACGAAGCAGCAGCUCAUGGUCGAGCAGCAGAACUUCAGCGGCUCAUUAAAAAUGGAGCGAUGGUCAACAUCAUGGCUGUGGACUCCAUAACGCCGCUGCACGAGGCUUGUAUUCAAGGCCAAACACAGUGCGUCCAGCUGCUCCUGGAGGCUGGAGCUCAUGUGAACGCCCGUAACAUAGACGGGAGCACGCCGUUAUGUGAUGCUUGUGCAGCUGGAAAUCUAGAGUGUGUGAAGCUGUUGUUGGAGUACGGCGCCACAGUAAACCCUCCUCUCUUCACAUUCUCUCCCCUUCAUGAAGCCUGUAUGGGGGGUAACAUCGAGUGUGUGCGGCUUAUGAUAGCCAAAGGAGCACUGAUGGAGGCUCAUGACUGCCACUUUGGGACUCCUCUUCACGUGGCUUGUGCUCGGCAGCAUCUAGAAUGUGUCAGGGUUCUACUAAAUGCAGGUGCAAAUGUAAAUGCUGCAAAGAUUCAUGAGACGGCCCUUCACCAUGCCGCUAAAGCAAACAAUCUGGAGAUGAUCGAGCUUUUGGUCGAAUUUGGGGGUAACGUGUUCGCCAGAGACAACCUCGGGAAAAAGCCCAUUCAUUACUGUAGCCCUGGCUCAGCUGCAGCCCUCUGCCUCAACUUCUACGAAAGUAUGUUUUAUUACGGGAGCCGCCCAGUCUACAGCAGUUAUGCAGGGUUGCACUCAGAAGUAUUUUGGGAAAACGGGUGCUGGAGGCGGUGCCACGGCUGGGUCUGCCCAAUCGGAUGAUCUGCUACCUCACUUAUACGCCCACUCCGUUACCUGAGCUCCUGCCCUGCACGUACACCGAUACCAGCCAUGCGCCUGGAGAGUAAGGAGAACCGCAUAAUUACUCAUGUCUGGAAAUACAUCUUCUUGUUGUUAUUUAUUAUUAUUAUUAUAUAACAGAGACUCUCAUUCCAUCUGUCUAUCUAUCAAUGCCACACAUUCUCUCCAUCCAGCUUUUUAUCAAUCUACCAGUAACACACACUCUAUAUACUUGUGUCCCUCUCUUACGUCUUGUCUUUCCUACUUAGGAUGCCCUAUCCAUCUAUCUAUUUCCGUCACACUCUCAGUCCAUCUGACUUUCUACUUGUAUCACUCUAUUUGCUAUCUGUCUUUCAACCAGUAACUGUCUAUAAGCUCUACCCUUUCUUUUUUUCUACCUUUCAACUUCAUAUUAACUUCAAGCUUAUGCGAUAACUCUCAGACUGGCUUUGUUAAACCAAUAUCAAGGUUUGUUAUAGCAAAUUUUACCUGUGUGUACGAAACAGAGUAUACAUACACUAUAUGGACAAAGGUUUGUGGACACCUGGUCAUAAGAUUCAUAUUUGUUUUUUGAACACCCCUUUUUUCAACCUCCA